AUGUCUACAGGUUUAGUAUCCAUAGAAGAGAUUUCGAAACAUGAUUCGCCGUCUGACUGCUGGCUCGUGAUUGACAACCAGGUGUGGGACAUGACCGAGUUUGCACCCUCCCAUCCGGGCGGUCCAGGCAUAAUACAUCGCUACGCCGGACGUGAUGCCACUCAAGCCUACUCCGAGAUCCAUGCUCCAUCAAUCAUCAAAGACAACCUCCCGGCUAUCAACCUCAAGGGCAGCCUAGACCCUUCAACCAUCAACGAUGAAUGGCUCAAACCACCCCCUACUGCCCCUCAAGCCACACCUCCCGGAGACAACUCGCAACCCGACCUCGACACCAUCAUCAACGCCCACGACUUCGAACUCGCCGCCCAGAAGACCUCUACCGCCAAAACAUGGGCCUUUUACUCCUCCGCCGCCAACGACCUCGUCACCCGUGACGCCAACAGAUCCCUCUACUCACGCAUCUGGUUUCGGCCACGAGUCAUGCGCAACGAUGAACUCGAGGUGGCGAUGCGUAAUUGUGGAGUUACGAGUCUGGAGGAGGUCGGGCCGUGGUUGGUGAACACGGCGGAUCUGGACCAUUUGGUUCCCGCGGAGGAGGGGCAUCCCUAUGCGAGGGAUUGGAGGAGAGGAAAAAGGGAAAAUGGGUUGAAAGCGAAGCUGUAG